AUGUUGAUUCUCUGCCCACGUAAUUUCUUUCUUUCUUUCUUUCUUUCUUUCUUUCUUUCUUUCUUUCUUUCUUUCUUUCUCUUUCGUUUCCAUCUCAAUCUGCUCAUAUCUAUCUAUUUAUGUAUUCUUUUCAUCUAUCUAUCUAUCUAUCUAUCUAUCUAUCUAUCUAUCUAUCUAUCUAUCUAUCCUUUUUCUUUUUUCUUAACUUUUAAUUUCUUCUUCAUCGAAGUCUUCUUUCCUACAUUUCUUUUGUUAUUGUUGUUUUGUCGUUGUUUGCUUCUUUCGUUUUUUUUCUUCUUCUUUUUUAGUCGUACAAUCUACAUCCGAUCUAUCUAUCUAUCUAUCUAUCUAUCUAUCUAUCGCAUCUGUUCUCCAUGUAUGUAUGUAUGUAUGUAUGUAUGUAUGUAUGUAUCUAUCUAUCUAUCUAUCUAUCUAUCUAUCUAUCUUAUCUAG